AUGCCAGAUUGGAAGCAUUGGAAUCGUAAAAUGCACUCAAAUAGAUCAAGAGGACGAAACGAUUUUGAAGACGAAGCUGUUCAGUUGGAUCUGGUGUCUAAACCUAGAGAAUCACUUAAAAAGAUAUUCUCUAGCUUAAUCCAAACACAAGGGUUUAAUGACAAUAAAAAAUUGUGUCUAUUGAAUUCACUUGUCAAAAUAUUAUCAUCAACAGAUGCAAUUGAAAAUAGAAGUGAAGUAUUGGGUUUCUCUACAUUUGAAAUAAUGUGCUGCGUUACACCCAGUUUGUUAAGUGAUAGUUCUGAUGUUCGAGCAGCUGGCUUAAGAGCAAUACGUCAUUGUAUUAAAAAACCUGAAGAUAUAACUUCUCUUGUACGUUUACGUUUAACAAUACUUAUAUGCAGGAGUUUGGAACUAUUGCUUGAUAAUGAAAGUGAACGUCUACAAGCAUUAAGAAUCAUUCGUAAAUCAUGCACUGUCUCUCCUCAACAAUUUCCUAAUGCAUUCACUCAUUCUUUGUCAGCUAUUGCAAUGUGUUCACAUGGACCUUCCAAAGAUCAACUACACAGGGCUUGUGUGGCUACUCUAUGUGAACUAUGUUUGUUGAAUCCUCAAGCAUUUGUGGUUGGUUGUGGAUUGAAAGCUUUACGCCAUGUUCUGAUUACAUCUGAACUACCUUUGAGAAUGGCAGAAUGUGUCUUAGGAACAUUACUUUGGAUGUUAAAUAAUCCAGAUACCAGAAAAUUAGUAUCAUUUGAUUUUGGUCAACUUGCUUCACAUUUCACUGAUUUUAAUCCAAUUUCUAAGCCAAAUGAUAAAAAUCCAUAUGGUGAAACAGCUCAUGGGACAUUAGUUUCCCUGUUACGUUCUUGGAUUGGAGUAUUGUAUUUUUGUGAUCCAUCUGGAGACCACUCAAAAAGUGGCUUAUCAUCCAUUGUACGUGCUUUGCAUGUUAAAAAUUCUACUACUAGGAUCGCUAUCAUUAAUUUAUUACGAGAAAUCCUUGGAUUUUGCCCUGCUGAAUGGGUAGACGAUGUGGACACUGCUAUAGAAUCUGUCAAUCCUUACAAGUAUCGAGAAAAAUUUGGUUUAAAUAGUGGAUAUGUAUACACAGAAGCAAUGGAUCUUAUUCCAAGUCUGAGUAGUAAAAGGGUUAAUUUAGUUAACUUGCCUCAAUCUAUUCUAGUAAGUUGUUUGUUAGAACUUAAACUUGAUGAAGCCCUUGUUCAAGUUAUACUUACAUCUGACAAUAUUUUAUCUGUGCAGUCCACAAUUCUUCUUGGAGAGUUCCUUCACUUAGCUGAUAGCAUAGUCCCAACAAAUAUUAAGCCUGCCCUAUCUGAUCUAGUAGCCUAUGCUUUAGAAGGUCGACCAUCAUCUAAAUGUAUUAACUACAGCACUUCAAUUGAGGAAUAUGAUCAAGUAUUAUGUUCAUCUGAAGAUCGUUUAAUAUUUUAUCCAGUCAAUACUGUCCAUCCUGAAAAGUCUGAAAUAUUUAUAGGAGAUGAUGUAAAAAAAUGUAAUGCCAUGGCAGCUAUUUCUGCUUUAGCGAAAUUGUACAAAACAUUAAAUCAUGAACCUACUCCAGCUACUAUUGGCUUGUACCAUGCAAUGAAUUUAUUUGGUCCAAAAGUUAGUAUGCUAAGGUAUGUCACACAUAAAAAACAGUCAAAACAUAAAGGAGCCCAAACUGUAAUGACUAAAGAAUGUGAAGACUUUGUCAAAGAAUCUGGGGUUUUAAUUGUUAAAGAAGCAGUAGCUUGGAAAUGGGAUCCAAUACGUUCUGCAUUGAAGACAAGAAUUAAAGAUGUAAAUAAAUUAGAUGAUAUAUGUUACAAUUUAUUUGUGCAAAGAUUAAUUGAGUAUUUUCAACCUUCAUCAAAAAUGUAUGGGGAUGUUGAACUUAGACCAGAAGUUCUUCCAUUGAAUUUAUUUACAUUAGCGUUAUUUGAUUUAGUUGAUGAUUUAAUGGAUGCUCCAAAUGAAAGCGGAGAAACUUUUUUAAAUAUUCUAUUGACUGACAUUCAUUUGCAAUUAGAAGCAUUAACGUCUUCCAAUUAUUCUUAUAGUUGCUAUUUGAAUCCACAACGUUUAGCAGUUACAUUAAGUCAACAUUAUUUUCUAAUGCUUGGUAGAGUAAGUUCUACAGAAAGAGGGCGAUAUUGUUUAGAUAAAACUAAAAUUUUUCCUUUAUUGUUGAAUAUUGCUGUGAAUACUCAUUUAUGCUGUUAUGUCAAGCUUAUUGUUUCCUGCUUAGAUUACACGACUGAUUCAUUUCCAAGAGUAUUAUUAGGCCGAGUUCUUUCCUGUUCUCAACAAAAAUCUCGGUUGUAUGCAACUCGUUUUUUACGUAUACUUCUAAGAUUUAAUGCUCAUCGUGCAGAAGAUGUAGUUGUAACUGGUUUUUGGAUACUUGAAUUGCUCAUAUCACAAACUGUUGAUGAUAAUCCUGUAGUAUCUAUGGCUGCCCUAGAUGCUCUCGACGAAGCUUGUGAUUAUAAUGAAUAUUUAAAAAUGUUAAUUGGAUUAAGACCAAACAUUCUUCAGUUGGGAGACCGAGGAUUGCUUUUACUUGUUCGAUUUUUGUCAGAUACUGCCGGGUACAAAUAUUUGUCAGAAUCUAGUUUCGUUUCAAAUCAGCUGCACAAUUGGGGAACCCAUUUCAAUUUUAGGUAUGUAUUAAUAGUUGAAGGAGAGCUACAUGAUCAAUUAACUCUUCAUCAACGUCAUGAAGAUGGACACUAUAAAACUAGGCUCACAAGUGACAUGUCAAGAAAUCGAAUUCCAAGUAUUUGCUUACCAGCCCACCUGUAUUCUCAAAUAGCUGUGCAUGAAAACGGAUUUCAAGCAGUUGUCAAAGAUGUUUAUUUUCGAAACAUAACUCAAUUGAUACUUAACCUUUUUCAAGAAUCCCCUACUAAAGACCAAUUACAUUUAAAAGCUGCAUUGUGGGCUGUUGGUCAUUUUGGUAGUGUACCCCAAGGUGCUUGUUAUUUGGCUAACAAUGGAGUUUUACAAGCUCUAUGUAAGACUGCAAUUUCUUAUUCGGUAUACUCGGUGCGAGCAACAGCCUUAUAUGCAUUGGCUUUGAUUAGUUCUAAUAGAGCCGGAGCCGCUCAUCUUAGAAAUGCAGGUUGGAAUGUUCUGUAUAGGGUAUAUUUGGAAGAUGAGUUUUAUAAAAUCAAAGAUAAAAGAGCAGAUCCCAAUUUAGCAUCAACUCCUUCUGAUAGUUCUCAAGGCCUUGUUAGUGAUUGGGUAGAUGACACUGCUUGGGAUCCAAGUGCUCAAGGUUCUGGGAAAAAAAAAUGGUCCACUUUGCCUGCAAACUGUGCAUCAUGGUCCCGUCAUCAAUCACAUAUAAGAAGUUUGAGCGAAAGCAAAACAACUGAUGUUAGUCAGCAGCUAGAACAAGCCAGCUCACCGCCUGAAAAUCUGUAUACUAGUUAUCGGUUAAGGUCUGAUAGUAGUUGUACAGUAGACAGUAGUACCAGUGGAGUUAGUUCUGGUGAAUCUGGACUUUGUACACGUCAUGCAGACUACAGUUUUUACCAUGACAGAUAUCAAACAUUAAGCCCAAUACCUAGUUCCAGUUCCUUGUCUACUAUUCCUAUUCAAACAUUUUCAAAAAUGUCCACAGUACCAGAAGGUUCUAAACUGCCAAGAAGAAAUUCUUUUGGAUAUAGAACAUUAAAAAUGAUACAGAAAGGUAUGAGUCGGAAAAAUUCAAGAAGUAUGACAAUACAGCAUCAAUCAUCUGCAGCAGAUAUGUUUGAUAUGUUGGCUGACCAAGAAAUGGACAGAUUGUCUCCAUUAAUCCGACCUAGAGAAUUAAAGCUAAAUACAAAUUAUUCACAAUUUGAUCUAGAAUCAGAGAAGUCUUCUCUUACAUCAAACAAAGGUUGCCAUUAUAUUAAAAAAGAUCAGUAUAAUGAGUUAUGUUAUGGCGGAAUCGCUUUACCAUUUGAUCUUGGUUUGAUUUUUUCCAAUAUAGAAAAAGAAUCUGAAUCUGUUCCUACUCCUGACUAUGAAGAUUCAUCUUGUUUCAAAUAUUUAUCAACUGGUUCCGAAGUUCUCAGUACUGAUGAUUCAGAUACCGAAGAAGUUAUAGCUGAUCCAUUACCCAUUAGACGACAAAGAAGUCAUAACCGAUCUAUGUGUAUGUUAUGUUCAGUUAAUGAACAUGUCAAUCGAUCUGCAACACGUAAUCGUAAAGUAUCGUCUAGCUCCCUUAGACGAUGUCGAACUGAGACUGAAAGUAGUUAUGGUAUGGGAGUUGAAGGAGAAAGUCCAAUACUAUUGCCAUGGCAACAUAAUAAGUCUUCAUGCCUUCACGAAGCUUCAGGUUUUGGUACCGGAAGCAAUGAAAGUGGUGCUAGUUCCGAUAUCAGUAGUUUGGCUCAGAGGUCAACUUUAGCUGAUCGAAUUACCAAGAGCCGUUCGGCAUUACGACGAGAUAUUUUAAAACUUGUUGAACAAUUACCAAAUCCUGUUUUGUACAAAAUGUCUACCCAGAGUCUUUUACAAAUGAAACAAAUGUAUGGCGACUUGUUUCAUGACAUAUGUGUUUAUUCAGAUGUUUGUAAUUUAUUAGCCGACCACCAUUAUCACAUUCAAGCUAGACGUUAUAUGCAUGAACUGUUUUUGGAUGCACCAUUCAAAGAGCUGUAUGAAGAACCAGCCACAAUACUUGGCCGUCAGAGUCCACUGGAAACAUCGAGUACAAAUUGUGUAAGUAACGAUGAGGCAGAAAAAGGUCACGGGGAGAGUGAACUUGAAGUAAUCAUGGAAGCUGAGUUGGAACAUAAAAGAAGGUCUUCCGAAGUCACAGCAGAAUUGAAACCAACUAUGACUAUUAAUAGACAACGUAAACAAACAGUGUAUGAUUCUUCUAGUCAACGAUCACAAGAAUAA